AUGAUCGGCUCUCUGCUGCGAGGAUGGCUCUUUGCCUUUCUUUUAAUCCAGUCCGUCUUUGCCGCGACCAUUGCCCUGCCGGGAUCUGGUGAUACAACCACUUCAUCUUCAUCUUCAUCUUCAUCUUCAUCUUCUACUCCUGUUUCCACUCCCUCGUUCACUUCCAUUGCCGUUUCGGCUGCUUCCUCGGCCUAUACCUCCCGUCCCUGGACGUACAGGCCUCAUAGCCGCAGCCCCGUCUUCCCUCCGGCUCUCCCACUCCUUCCACCACCUUUUCCCGUCACUCCGCCUCGUGCCGCCCGGGCAGAUACACUGCCAGCUCAGGAGAGGACCCUCUACUCCACCCGCACUGCCGACCACGGUGCCCAUCCCACCACCGAGACCCUGAUUGUCGCUACCACCGUCUACAAGGUCUCCCCAACCGGUGGUCCUGAGGGUGUCAGCGCUGUUGGUGAGGGCUCCGGCUCUGGCUCUAGCUCUUCCGGCUCAAGCUCCGGCUCAAGCUCCGGCUCUGGCUCCGGCUCUGGCUCUAGCUCUUCCGGCUCAAGCUCCGGCUCAAGCUCUGGCUCUAGCUCCGGCUCCGGCUCUGGCUCAAGCUCCGGCUCUGGCUCAAGCUCCGGCUCUGGAUCUUCCGGCUCAAGCUCCGGCUCCGGCUCCGGCUCCGGUGCUGGCUCUGUCUACACCACGACCAUCUCCGUUGAGUCGUGCCCCCAUGGCGGCAGCUGCACGGGAUACAUCAGCACGGUGACCAUGACCCAGACCCGGGUCCCGAUCGUCAUCCCCACCGGCAUCCCUCAAGGCGUGGGUGCGUAUGGGAAGAACAGCACUGCCUCUUCCUCUGCCCACCCCUGGGCGCAGAGCAGCGGCCUCAAGACCGCGGUGGCCUCGUCGACCAGCACGGCGUCUACCCCGGCCUACACGGGCGCUGCCUCAGUGAACACCCGCUCGGUUGGAUCGGUGGUUGGCAUUCUCGCCGUCCUCCUUGCCAUUCUCAACUAA